GGGAGGCGGAGCGGCCCACAGGGUUGCCCAGAGAGCCGCCUGCGUGGCUCGCGGGCCGGGCCUGGCCCCCUUCGUGAGUGGUAGUUCUCCUCAUCGUCGUCAUGGCGCCUACUAUCCAGACCCAGGCCCAGCGGGAAGAGGGCCACAGACCCAACUCUCAUAGAACUCUGCCGGAGAGGUCCGGUGUGGUCUGUCGAGUUAAGUACUGUAACAGUCUUCCAGACAUCCCUUUUGAUCCCAAGUUCAUCACAUACCCCUUUGACCAGAACAGGUUUGUCCAGUAUAAGGCAACAUCUCUGGAAAAGCAGCACAAACAUGAUCUGCUCACAGAGCCAGACCUGGGAGUCACUAUCGAUCUCAUUAACCCUGACACCUAUCGAAUUGACCCUAAUGUUCUCCUAGAUCCAGCAGAUGAGAAAUUACUUGAAGAAGAAAUCCAGGCCCCAACCAGCUCCAAAAGGUCCCAGCAGCAUGCGAAAGUGGUCCCCUGGAUGAGAAAGACAGAAUAUAUCUCUACAGAGUUUAACCGUUAUGGCAUCUCCAAUGAGAAGCCUGAAGUCAAGAUUGGGGUGUCUGUGAAGCAGCAGUUCACGGAGGAGGAGAUCUACAAAGAUCGUGACAGCCAGAUCACAGCCAUUGAGAAGACUUUUGAGGAUGCCCAGAAGUCGAUUUCUCAACACUAUAGCAAGCCAAGGGUGACGCCAGUGGAGGUGAUGCCUGUUUUCCCAGACUUCAAGAUGUGGAUCAAUCCCUGUGCCCAAGUGAUCUUUGACUCAGAUCCAGCCCCCAAGGACACCAGUGGUUCUGCAGCCCUAGAGAUGAUGUCUCAAGCCAUGAUCAGGGGAAUGAUGGAUGAGGAGGGCAACCAGUUUGUGGCCUACUUUCUGCCAGUGGAAGAGACCAUGAGGAAACGCAAGCGUGAUCAGGAAGAGGAGAUGGACUACGCGCCAGAUGACGUCUACGAUUAUAAGAUUGCAAGGGAGUACAACUGGAACGUGAAGAACAAGGCUAGCAAGGGCUACGAGGAAAACUACUUCUUCAUCUUCCGCGAAGGUGAUGGGGUCUAUUACAACGAGUUGGAAACCAGGGUCCGCCUCAGUAAACGCCGAGCCAAGGCUGGGGUGCAGUCUGGCACCAAUGCCUUACUGGUGGUCAAGCACCGGGACAUGAACGAGAAGGAGCUGGAGGCUCAGGAAGCUCGGAAGGCCCAGCUAGAGAACCAUGAGCCAGAAGAGGAGGAGGAAGAGGACAUGGAGCUGGAGAAAGGAGCUCCCGGCUCUGAUGAAGAGCGGGAGAAAGGGAGUGGCAGUGAAAAAGAGGCGAGUGAGGAAGAGGAAGAGGAAGGAUCAGGGAGUGAGAGUGACCGAGGAGAGGAGAAGGAGGAGAGUGAGAAGAGCGGGAGUGCAGAGGAUGAGGCCGAGGAAGAGAGCAGUGAGGACGAGGCCCGGGCAGCCAGAGACAAGGAGGAGAUCUUCGGGAGCGACGCAGACUCAGAGGACGAUGAGGAAGAAGAUGAGGAGGAAGAGGCUGGGGGAGGCGGAGCCGGGGGCAGCGGGGAGGACGAGGAUGAGGAUGAGGACGAGGAGAGCGGCAGCGAGGGAGGGCCUGGGCAGCGCAGCCCCAGCCCCUCCUUCCUUAGCGCUAGUGACCACUCAGCCCAAGAGGAUGGUAGUGAGGGGGGCGCUUCUGACUCCAGCGAGGAGGCCAGUGACAGUGACUGAGGCCACCAAACAGGCCAGGAGAGGCUGGGCCUCUCCAGCUCAGGCACCAUUCUCAGGACAAAAGGAAAAUACCUAUUUCUUUUUUUUUUUUUUUUAAACUGUUACUGU